AGAAGCAAAUAUGUCUGGACGUGGAAAAGGUGGAAAAAUUAAAGGAAAAGCAAAAUCUCGAUCGAAUAGAGCGGGUUUGCAAUUUCCUGUUGGCCGAAUACAUAGAUUACUUCGUAAAGGCAACUACGCAGAACGUGUUGGUGCUGGUGCACCUGUUUACUUGGCAGCUGUUAUGGAAUAUUUGGCUGCCGAAGUUUUAGAAUUGGCUGGAAAUGCAGCCAGAGAUAAUAAAAAGACUAGGAUUAUUCCACGGCAUUUACAACUUGCUAUCAGGAAUGACGAGGAGCUGAAUAAACUCUUAUCUGGAGUUACAAUUGCACAAGGUGGUGUUCUGCCUAAUAUUCAAGCAGUCUUAUUGCCUAAAAAAACUGAGAAGAAAGCAUAAUUUUGCUUUUCAUUCAUUUAAAAAUAACAAAUCGGUCCUUCUCAGGACCAUCAAUUUUUAUAACAAAGAACAAUC